ACUAUGUGGAUUUCAAUGUAAAUCUGAUCUUUGCAUGCAACCCACCACCAGCGACAAUUCUUUCCAGAAAUCAAAAUGGCGUCACAGAGCAGAGGACUUUGGGAAGGACUGCGAAAAUGGUAUUACGCCAGAGCUGGAUUUAACCAAUUAGGACUCCUGCGUGAUGACACACUACGCAUGACGCCUGUCGUGUCGGAAGCCCUACGACGCCUGCCCGAGGAACAGUACAACGAGAGGGCGUUCCGCAUCAAGCGAGCGUUUAACCUGUCAAUUAGGCACGGUGUCCUGCCCAAGGAAGAAUGGACAAAAUAUGAAGAGGACGUCCGUUACUUGAAACCCUUCAUGGAUGAAGUAGAAAGAGAAUUCAAGGAGAGGAAAGAAUGGAACACCCGCUAGCUUCGUCCUCGAAAAAAAGUCCUUUUUCUGUUCCCGUGCCAGAAUCAGGCCUCCCUCCUUUUGAAAAAAUGUAUUAUAGUUUGUUUUUUCGACACCGAUUUAAAACUGAUCAGAAGUUGACUAAAAAGAUCCUUUGGGUGUAUUUACUGUUGAUGUUUUAAGAAUAUAGGGGGAAAUGAGUGAAUGUUAGUAUAAGCUCAUAAAUGAAAAGCUGCAUGGUCUAAUGGAAAAGAAAAAAAAGUAGUUGAAGAAUUGUUACUUAAAAACACAGGGUUGUUUAACGAUUUCUUUAGCCACACCCCCUCCCCACUUAAAAAGACGUAAUUUGGCAGCAUUUAUAGCAGCAGAAGCGAAUCUGUUAGUUCAUGGUAACAGUUAUCAAGAAUCAUAAACACCACACAUGAAUUUGUCUACAUUGUACACCACCGUUGUAGUUUUUUUGUGUGGAAAAGUAACUCUUUAAUUCAUGCAAUAUUAAGCUUUCACUAUUGAAACAUAUAGUAUGCAUCCAGAUUUUGUUUGCAAAUUAUUUAAUAAUAAUACGACGACACCCUGUGUUCAAAGUUUACAUUUGGCAACCAAACUUUUUAAAGAAUUACCUUAAACCUUUACCCUUUGUGUUGAUUUUCAUGUAUCAAGUCAAAAUUUUAUGAGAUUUAGUUUCCGCUUGAAAAACGUCCCUCAAAUGAACAAGUUAUGACUGUGUUAUCCAAAUAUAACUUUGCUGUGUUGAUUACUAGAAUAAAUAAUUUUGUUUGAGAGAAACAGA